AUGGUAGUUCUUGGUGUUGUAAAGAUGCCGCCACGUCUCUCGCCCGGCUCUCAUCUCUUGCCUCUCGCCCGACGCUCGUCUCUCCUCUCGCCUCUCGCCCGACGCUCGUCUCUCCUCUCGCCUCUCGCCCCGGGGCUAUUUCAGCCUUUCAGCCAGAAAUUCAAGUUUACAAAGUAUCUAAAGCAACAUAGAUUCCGAAUUCCUUUUCACUUCUCCCGCUCGGGGGCGUUUGCGGUAUUCAGCACAAGAUGCACUAAUGGUGGGGAAGUAGGGUGCCUUACGGCCAAGGGACUCCCUGGAUACACCAAAUCCUCAGUAGUACUCUCUGCACCAACAAUUGCACCUUCCGAAGUAACUGCCUCAAUAGAUCUGGUCUUAAUCGCUGCCUUUCCCUUGGCUCUUUUCCGAUUAAUCGACGCUGCGGUGCUGCCCCGACUCCCUGGAUUCACCAAACGCUCUGUGGUACUCUCUGCAGCAGUAUUUGUACCACCCGAAAUAACAGAGUCUCCACCUCUUCUCUUAGUCGGCUUCUUCCUUCUUUUCACGGCAGAUUCAGGCACGGCGGCGCCCUGGGUCAGCAGAGAGGUGAUGUGGCACUCCUGCCAGUUCAGGUCUUUGAGGUCCUUGAUAACCUCCUUCAGCGUUAAGCGUGUGUCCCCUGACAAGCCGCCGUCCAGCAACGUCGAGCGGCGGAGAUCCAUCAGAUCUAUCGUCGAUAUCAUAUCGACCAUUACAGCCUGA